GUUCAUCAGCGUCGCUCAUCCUUCCUCCUUGACCGCCCUCGCGACCUACGCCCGCAAUCUAUUCCAACUCCUUAUGUUCAUCAACCUCUGAACCAGAGAGCAGCAACUGCAGCGUCGAAGGAGCGGAUGACGCCCGAAACGACUCCGGCUAGGAUGUUUUCGGAGCAGCCGGCGGAGUUCCAGCUCAAAGAGACCAGCCCUUCUCUUGGCGGGGAAAAGAUCGUCGGAGGCCGGAGGAUCAAGGGGGAGAAGGCAGGUGCCUUUGACCUCGUGGAAAAGAUGGAGUACCUCUUCGUGCGGGUGGUGAAGGCGCGUGAAUUACCCGCCAAAGACAUCACCGGGGGCCUUGACCCUUACGUCGAGGUGAGGCACGGCAACUUCAAGGGAACCACGAAGCACUUCGAGAAGAGCCACAACCCCGAGUGGAAUCACGUGUUCGCGAUCGCUAAAGACCGGUUGCAAGCAACCUCCGUCGAGGUCAUGCUCAAAGACAAGGUCCUCGUCACGGAUGAUCUCGUGGGGCUCGUGCGCUUCGAUCUCAACGAGGUCCCUACGCGAGUUCCUCCCGACAGCCCACUGGCGCCGGAGUGGUACCGGCUCGAGGACAAGAAGGGGGACAAGGUCAAAGGCGAACUGAUGCUGGCCGUUUGGUACGGAACCCAAGCGGACGAGGCCUUCGCCUACGCGACGCACUCCGAUGCUACGCCGGCCGUUGAUGCCCAAAUCCUGAACAGUUACGUCCGCGCAAAGGUUUACCAUGCGCCGAGGCUGUGGUACGUUCGAGUCAACAUCAUCGAAGCCCACGAUAUCUUUGCGUCCGACAAGAGUAGGAUUCCGGAAGUGCUUUGCAGAGCGCGAAUCGGAAGCCAGAUGAUGAAGACGAAGGCGAUCCAGUCUCGGAUGCCGAUCUUCCGGUGGAAUGAAGAGUUCAUGUUUGUGGCCGCAGAACCUUUCGAGGAGCAACUAGUCCUCUCCGUAGAAGAUCGCAUUGGGCCCAGCAAGGAAGAGGUGAUCGCCCAUGUCCAUAUCCCUUUGACGUCCGUGGAUAAGCGCGUCGAUGACCGGAACAUCCGCCCGAAAUGGUUCAACCUCAAGAAGCCGGUGGUGGUGGACUUGGACCAGCUUAAGGAAGACAAGUUCUCCAGUAAGGUUCACGUACGCAUCUGCCUCGACGGAGGAUACCAUGUGCUCGAUGAGUCCACUCAAUACAGCAGCGACCUGCGACCAUCGGCGAAGCCGCUGUGGAAGCCCCCGAUCGGGGUGCUCGAGCUUGGCAUCCUGACGGCCGACGGGCUCCACCCGACGAAGACACGGGAGGGGAAGGGCGCCUGCGACUCCUACUGCGUCGCCAAGUACGGGCACAAGUGGGUGAGGACUCGUACCGUCGUCGACAACCUCAGCCCAAGGUUCAAUGAGCAGUACACCUGGGACGUCUACGAUCACGCCACCGUGCUCACCGUCGGAGUCUUCGACAACUGCCAGCUCGGCGAGAAGAGCUUCAGUUCCAAUGGCAACAAGGACACCAAGAUCGGGAAGGUAAGAAUCCGUCUUUCUACCCUCGAAACCGGACGCAUCUACACCAACUCGUAUCCUCUGCUCGUCCUCCACAACUCUGGCGUGAAGAAGAUGGGAGAGCUCCACCUUGCCAUACGGUUCUCGGUGACGUCAAUGCUCAACACGAUGUACAUAUACUCGAAGCCCCUCUUACCCAAGAUGCACUACACACGUCCAUUACCGCUGCUUCAGCAAGAGACGCUCCGUCAUCAAGCCGUCCAACUUGUUGCCGCUCGGCUGGGUCGAAUGGAGCCGCCUCUGCGGAAGGAGGUCGUGGAGUACAUGUCGGACGCUCAAUCUCACUUGUGGAGCAUGCGCCGAAGCAGAGCCAACAUCUACCGGUUGAUGUCCGUCUUCUCAGGCUUGGUCGCAGUGGGAAGAUGGUUCGGCCAGGUUUGCGCGUGGAAGAACACCAUCACGACCAUACUAGUGCACAUCCUCUUCCUCAUGCUCGUCUGCUUUCCUGAGUUGAUACUUCCGACGGUCUUCCUCUACAUGUUUGUUAUAGGGGUUUGGAACUACCGGUUCCGCCCUCGCAAACCGCCCCACAUGAACACGAAGAUCUCCAACGUCGAGCAAGUGCACCCCGAUGAACUCGACGAAGAAUUCGACGUGUUUCCUACCUCUCGCAGCCCGGAGAUUGUGAGGAUGAGGUAUGAUAGGCUGAGGAGUUGGGCCGGAAAGAUGCAGACGGUGGUGGGCGACAUAGCGACGCAAGGUGAGAGACUACAUCUGCUGCUGUCAUGGAGGGAUCCUCGGGCCACGGCGAUGUUCAUGGUGUUCUGCCUCUUCAUGGCGGCGUUGCUGUACGUGACGCCGUUCCAGGUGGUGGCAAUCGUGGCUGGGUUCUACGUGAUGAGGCAUCCAAGGUUCAGGCACAAAUUGCCAUCUCCGCUUGCCAACUUCUUCCGUCGAUUGCCGGCGCGGACCGACAGCUUGCUCUAGUGCAGCAGCAGCUUGAAUUGGAUGAUUUGUGACAGCAGCAGUCUCGUACUCGACGUGUUCCUUUCUGCUCUACGCUUGUAAUGUCGAAAUAGGCAGUGAUCGGUUCACUUUCUUGAAGCUUUGGUGUUGUAGCUUAUGAAAGAAGACUGUGUUGAGUUACACGGUAAACUUGUAGAAUCCUGAUGCAAUGCUUGUUUU